UAGCUGAUGCCCGAACCCGAAGGAGACGAAAAGCCGAAUUCUCACAGUGAGAAGCAGAGAGAGAAAAGCGAAGGAAAAGAGGAGAGAACAGAAGAUAAUAUGGCGGUUGCCAACGCCUGGCACGCACCACACAGUCAACCCAGGCCUUCCUUGUCUUCGUCUUCUUCGUCAUCAUCAUCCUUUCCCUCAUCUUCAUCUUCACACGAUCAUCGUGUUUUUCCGCGGCGAAAUCCGAUUCUUCUUUUUCCCAAUGGAAACAAUAAAUUGUUGUUCCUCAGAGACCGCCUUUACUCGAAGCUCCGCUGUCGAUGUAGCAAAGACGACGGUCCGGCCUCUCCUUCUGCUAUUGUCCCCGGCAGCAACACUAGCUGCUCUUCCGAUAAUACUAGUGCUUCUGAUUCCUCCAAUUGGGACUGGAAUCGAUGGACUCGGCAUUUCUCUGAGAUGGAACAAGCUGAGAGCUAUGCUUCUGUUCUUAAGUUUCAACUAGAAGAUGCGGUAGAAAAUGAAGACUUCCUGGAAGCUGCAAAGUUGAAAACAGCCAUUGCAGAAGCAACUUCGAAGGAUACUAUUGCGGAAAUUAUGUUGCAAUUGAAGAAUGCAAUAGUUGAAGAGCGUUACCAUGAUGCUUCAAGAUUAUGCCGAAGCACUGGAAGUGGUCUGGUUGGUUGGUGGGUUGGCUAUUCAAAGGAUUCUGGUGAUCUAUUUGGUAGAUUAGUACGUAUAACUCCUGGGAUGGGCAGGUUUAUUGGCAGGACUUAUACCCCAAGGCAGUUGGUCAAUGCUUCUCCUGGAACACCACUGUUUGAGAUUUAUGUUGUCAAAGAAGCUAACAAUUCUUACAACAUGCAGGUGGUAUUCUUGAAACGAACCAAACCAACUAAAGCUAAUUCAACUUCAUCUGACUCAAAAUCAGUGAGACCUUCGACUGCUGAACUUGAGAAUGCAUCUGUGAUUGAUGUUAAGGUCAAUGAAGAUGAAACAGAAAGAAGCAAAGGUAAAAGCAUGGAUGUUGAGGAAGCUGCCGAGGAGGGAAUAAAAAGUGUGAUAAAUUUUCUUAAAGAUAAAAUCCCUGAUUUGAAAGUGAAAGUUAUGAAACUUAAUGUUUCCGAAGAAGUAAUAGAGGAUGGUGAUUCUGUGAGGCAAGUAGUGGAUGAUGACAGUGAAAACAGUAAAGAAGACAAUGAUGGUACUAUUUCCGGUGAAUACAGUGAGGAUGAAGGUGCUGAAACUAGUGAUCUUGACGACAACCAUCAUGAUCAAAUUUCUGUGGGAGGAGAGAGCAGCACAGCUGAAGAUGAAAAGAGUCAAGAUAUGAAACUUUUUGUUGGCGGGGUUUUACAUAAUAAAGAAGAUAAUCCAACAAAAGAUGAAUUUAUUCGCAUACAGGCGGAAAUUAAGGAUUUGGCAAAGGAUUCUUUUGUGUUUCACCUUCCAAAGACAUAUCAAGAUCACGAUAGCGUAGAAAAUUCUGAAUCUGCAGUUGGUGUGGCAGCUAUAGCAGCCCAAAGUGUUUCAGAACUUAUGCCUCCUGAUGUGGCUAAGGUUUUUCUAAGUUCUGAUAAAGUUUCCUCAAAGAUCUCAAAAAAUGUGAGAGAAAUACUAAAGCUUGUUGUUAGUCAGGCGAAGAAGCGGGAUAAAUUAUCUGAAUACACAAAUUUUACCAGGAUUACCACUUCUGGCAGUGAUUUAGAUCCUUUUGAUGGCCUAUAUGUAGGUGCAUUUGGACCUUAUGGUACUGAGGUUGUGCAAUUAAAGCGUAAAUAUGGGAACUGGAAUGUUCGCGAUGAAGAGAAAUCCUCUGGUAUGGAGUUCUUUGAGUAUGUCGAAGCAGUAAAACUGACAGGCGAUAUGAACGUUCCAGCUGGCCAGGUGACAUUCCGUGCUAAAAUCGGAAAAGGAAAUCGAUUUACUAACAAAGGGAUGUAUCCAGAUGAGCUGGGAGUGGUUGCAAGCUACAAAGGUCAAGGGAGAAUAGCAGAAUAUGGGUUCAAAAAUCCCAAGUGGGUUGAGGGCGAGUUGCUGCAACUCAAUGGCAAGGGUGUCGGGCCACAUAUCAAAGGUGCAGACCUUGGGUUUCUCUAUGUCAUUCCGGAGCACAGCUUUCUUGUGCUCUUCAGUCGUUUGAAGUUACCGGAGUAGGGUCGUGAGAUGGAGAUAUAAUGUUAAGCAAAACUAACCCUAAAUACUACUGUCUCUGGAGUUGUAUUAUGGGUGGCAUGCAUGCAGUUUUGAUUCCACUUCUUGCGGCAAGACUUGGAGAAGAUCGGAAGAGUCUUUUACUCUAUAUAUCUAUCUUUGUUUGUUUUUGGUUGAAGUUUAAAGGUGUAUUUUAUCACGACAACCUCAAUCUACCAUGUAGGUAACCUUGUAACAUUUGCAGCUCUUGGAGGUAUAACCAGCUUGUAUGUGCAACAAUAAAUCCAAUUUUGUAUGAAUAAUUUUACUACAAUAAAUAGGUCUUUGCCAUCACAAUCAAUGCCA